AUGCACCCGAACUUGUGGCUCGAGAGGAGCGUCGUCAGAAACGGUCUCCUUCGAACACCUGCAAAAGGAUUUUGCCGAGGCAUCCAUCCCGCUUGUUGCCGCGUUUGGCAUCCUUCGGCAGCAGCUUUGCAGGACGACUGGCAACUGGGGCAAGUCUUUGGCCUGCUUCGUUGCAGUCACUACAAGACGAAGCCGUCUGAUUUGCGUUGCUUCCUCGAGACACCGAACGUUCGCUGGUAUGUUCUGCGCCACAACUCGCAUGUCGUCGGUUUGGGUAUCGUCGGCAUCGAAGAACCCAUUCUCGACGCACGCACUGCUAAAGCUGUCUACCUUCGGCAGAUGAAGGUGCCGCCUCAACUGAUGGCACAGACCAUUGCCUCCGAGGCUGGCUUCAGCGAAGCAGGAGGCUAUCGUUUUGCGCGUGUCAUGCGGCUUUGCGUUCAUCCUGCUGCGCAGCGACGGGGCCUGGGAAGCCAUCUGCUUCGACAGAUGAUGCAGGAGCUCCGUGAAGAGGAUGUUGAUGCUGUGGGGGCCAUGUUCGGACUGACACCUUGGUUGUUGCAGCUGUGGAUGCGGGAGCAGACAAGGCUGGUUUGGGUGGCUCACGGAAGUGACCCCAGUAGUGGCCACCACAGUGUCCCGUGGUUGCACCGAGGAUUGCCUCACUGCUUGUUUUGCAGUUCAGAACUGGAGGCCACUGUUCUGUCCGCCGUCAGCAGCCGGUGUGGAGAUCUCAUCGAUCGACUCCAGGCCACAAACUAA